AGUUGUCCCUGACUGACAGCUAACCUAGCGAGUCAAAUUCAUCUAUUGCUGCGGCACACUGACAGCCAACCAAGAUCCCACCCGUGCUUCCUCCCUGUUCCCGGUCUCUGUGCAGCUGGCUGCCGCGCACUUUCUGUUCCCGGUCUGUAUUCACAGGCUACCGGGAAGAACGCUUCAACGGGCAGGUCGUUGGGUUUGCCGAUCUGACCGUGCCUGAAGGGCUAACGUGAUUUAUCUGAAUGGAAGCGGACGGUUUCAUGUCCCGGCGAACGUCCGUGGAAGCAGCGGGCGUCGACAGCCGGGUCGGUGGCGCUGCAGCCGGGGCAGAGAUUCGAUGGCUGGGCGGCAGACUGCUGGGAACCACGGGAGGAUUUCAUAUCUCACCCAGAAUGACAGGAGAACAGGACUUUGCACCGGUGUCGCAUCGCAGUACUUCGGACAUUUCGACUUCUCUCGAGACAGAAAUAGACUAUGAGGGACUACCUCAAGGAAUGGCCACCAGCACACACAUGCUAGCUGGUGCCGUGGCUGGAAUCAUGGAGCACUGCCUUAUGUAUCCCAUCGACUGCGUCAAGACUCGCAUGCAGAGCCUGCACCCAGAGCCGGGCGCACGCUACAGGAACGUGAUGGACGCCCUGCGGCAGAUUGUGCAGACGGAGGGGGUGUGGCGGCCGAUCAGAGGCGUGAACGUGCUGGCGGUGGGCGCGGGGCCUGCCCACGCUCUCUACUUCGCUUGCUACGAGAAGAUCAAGUUCUCACUCAGUGACGCUAUUCAUCCCGGCACCAACAGCCACUUUGCAAAUGGAGUGGCAGGCUGCGUGGCCACACUGCUGCACGAUGCCAUCAUGAACCCAGCGGAAGUUGUGAAGCAGCGUAUGCAGAUGUUUAACUCACCUUAUCGUGGUGUGUUGGACUGUGUGGGCUCUCUGCUGAGACACGAGGGCCCAGCUGCUUUCUACCGCAGCUACACCACCCAGCUGACGAUGAACGUGCCCUUCCAGGCGCUGCACUUCAUGACCUACGAGUACCUCCAGGAGCUCCUCAACCCCCACAGACAAUACAACCCUUCCUCCCACGUUGUAUCCGGUGCUCUUGCUGGAGCCCUGGCUGCAGCUGCCACUAGCCCCCUCGACGUCUGCAAGACCCUGCUUAACACGCAGGAGGCUCAGGCUGUGCAUAUGAUCCAGGCGGAGGCAGCAACGGCAGCUGGAGCAGUUGCAUCGGCCCCCGGCAGCCGCCACAUCUCUGGCCUGGGUGAGGCUUUUCGGAUGGUGUACAGGAUGGGAGGCAUUCCAGCCUUUUUUAAGGGCGUCCAAGCCCGCGUCAUCUACCAGAUGCCCUCUACUGCCAUCAGCUGGUCCGUCUACGAGUUCUUCAAAUACAUCAUCACCAAGCGGCAGCAUGAGAGACGGCUGCAUGGGGAUCGGGAUGGGGACAAAUGAACACCUGGAAACACGACUGGCUAUCAGCAUCUCAAAGGUUUAUUCCACCAUAGUGAACACCAGUAUUGGUGCUGGUUUCUAAACAUCUGAAGGUUAAAAAAGGUCUUUCUGAUUCUUUGAGCAGAAAAUCAAUAAUCUUGUUUACUGAUAUCAGUUAUGAUAUCUGUUGUAGUUCAAAGCAGGUGGUAAGAUUUACAACAAACAUAACUAGUCUGUCAUUAGAUUAGGGAUUGACAAAGUGUCCAUCUGUAAGAAGAUUGCCUUGAAAUAACAGGAAGUUCUGGUUCCAACUUUUUUUUUUUUUUCUUAGUGUUUAACACGACAAACUCCCAGCAUUGGCUUCCAAAAAGGAAAUCAUUUGUUGUGGCUAACCAGUGUUUCCCACAGAUGCAGAUUCUCUUUGUGGCAGAGGAUGUGUACACCGCAAAAGGAGUCACACUUACACAAUGAGUUAUAAAAUGAUACCAUUUUACUUGUCCAGUAAUUCAUGUCACAAAUUAUUGUGCAUCAGCUGCAUCGCCAGUGAGUCUCUCAUCUUGCGGACAAAAUCCAACUCAGCCCUGACUGGUCUUUGGAGCCGACAGCUGCAGUCCAAAACCAGUAAAGUGGCGUCCAUCCAUCCAUCCAUCCAUCCAUGGGAUGAGAGUGUCCCUGAAGAAGCAGCUGAAAGAUACUGAUAACCAGCACAAUGGUAACUUGGCCAACAAGGUAGCUGAUGGGACAAACGUGAGACAGAAGGGGCUAGGACUAGCUAGUUAGCCGAAAAUAAACUUCCUAAUUAAGAGCGAGGGGCCAUUAUGGCGUUCUCUCACACCAUCAGGAAAUGAAUGAAUAAAUAAAAUGCUAGAGUCACCAGAUAAGCCUGGCAGCCUGCUCAAAUAAUCUGUGUGUGGGAAGCACUGCUAACAGUAAAAUUAAAUCUCAAUUUGUCCCCACUCCCUCCACCCUCUUAUGUAUGUAGUAAAAAAUGACUCAGGUUGAAGUGCUGACUUUGAGCUUUCGUUCAAGGGUGUUUAUAUACUCGCUUCAAAUGAACUUUGUAUGAACUGUAACAUUUUAUGCAUACCCCUGAAAGGAUGAAAAGUCCGACACUGAUGGGAAAAUGCUUGAAUGGCCUUAAAUUUCAGCAAGUUAAACCUCAUAGUUGUGAAGUUACUGAAGAACUGCACUGUGGCUUAGAUAAGACCCAUCUCCUAACUGCACAGUUUGGGUGUUGAGUUGAAAGUGCUACUGCCAUUACACCUUCUGACCACAGGGGAUCGCAGUUUUUGUGGUCCUAAAACCUAAAGGAAAAUUAGCGGUUAGAGAAACUUUUAAAACAAGCUUCAUAGUUCAGUGCCUUUAGAAACUCUGUAGGGCAUUUGGGCAGAGGAGUGUUUGGAGGUCUAAGACGCAGAGGUUUGAUUCCUCUGUAUCAAAGGUUUCCUCUGUUUUCAAAUGUCCACAGAGUUCCUUUUAAAGGAGGCACUGUGCAAUGUUGUUACUUCCUCUUGUUGCACAAUGUGGAGUUACUGAAUCAGUGCUGUCAAAUAGACAGUAGGGCUCAGCUCAAAGCAAGCAACACAAAUGUUUUCAAUGUGGGAUCACCUGAAUUUUACUGAACCCUCUUUGUCACACAGCCUGUAAGUUAGUGUCUCUGUUUCAGAAAAACAGAGACACCAACAGAGACAAACAUGGUUUUGGAUUGAAGAGUUAGCAUUUGAGUGGAACGUGCAGUGUGCGCGCGCGUGUGUGUGUGUGUGCGCGCGCGUGUGUGUGUAAGUUCAGUUUUAUGGAGAACAUUUGUGAUUGAGCUUAUUUGGUCUCAACACUGUUGAGACCCAAACAGUAACAUGAACUAAAUCAGGGCAGAAAAAAGUAUGAAUUCACUCAGUAACUGUUUAAAAAGUCUUUUCUUUUUGCUUCAUGAUAGCUUUAUAUUGUCACUUCAGUAUCUUUGCACUAGCAAAGUGCUUUUUCCAAGCCCAUCUGUAUGGCUUUUAAUUGGAUCCAUGAGACUGGGCUCCUGUUGUCACCAGUAGGAUUUUGGAACUUUCCCUCAUUAGCGCAAAUGUGGCGAUAUGGAAAACCAUAUUUUUACUACAGAGAGUACAAAUAAGGUAAGAGUGUUCAUUUUAAAGCAGGCAUAUUUGACUUAAGUUUUUUUUAUUAUUAUUAUUAUUAUUAUUAUUAAUAAACCACACAGCUUUCUAUCACUUCAGUUUUUUAAAUCAUAUUCAGGACAACAAAAGCAGCUUUGAAAAAUAAACAAACUGAUUUAGCUACAAACACAUGCCUUCAGUUAGCCGCCAAACAGCCAACGCACAACUACUACAGAGAUACAGAUUUAAUGUUUUUUUGAAGCCAUAAAACUAAAAGAAAUUGUAAUAAUAUAUAUAAAUAUAGAUAAUUAAAGCUCCAAACAUGAGGCUAACUUGUAUGCUGAAUGAUACAAAUUUAAACUGCGCUGUAAAAAUGCAGAUUUUUGUAGUGUCCAAAGUCCUCACCUGAAAGGUAGCCAAAAGGAAAAACUUUAUUAUUUUAAGAGCAGAGACACCUUAUGUAUCUGAGUAUUUAACAAUGAUUGCCGGAUUGUUUCUCAAGUUUCAAAGUUGGGAACCCAAAGACUGAGAGCAACAGAGGGGAGGAACUGUUGGUUUGUCAAAUGACAACACUAAUGUGAAAUGCUUGCACGCUGUUUUAAAGCGACACCUGUAUUUGUGACUUGUAAAUAAACUCGCUAAGGCAGCUCCUCGCAGAAGCAGGGUCUUCUCUUGGUGCUGGCUCGCCAAGCGCUGGACUAUUAA